AUGUUCAACCCGACUGCCGGUGAAUAUUUUGGCGAGACGUGGCAGAGUCGCAAACCUGGGAAGAGUGGUGAUGCUGUCGCAGUCUCUGUACACUACAUGAAAGCAGGCACGCACUCCGCCGCGAGGUCAGCGGAAAACAUUACAACGCAGUACAUGACCCAAGUCUCGCGACCCACCACACGUGAAAGACGACCUGACACUGCCGUUCAAGAAGUGCCUUCGUUGGAUCCUUCUCCUGGGGCCAAUGCGCCCACACGUGGAAGGAGUCACAGGAGUCCGACCCAGAAGACUAUGCUCUCGAAAGCGUUGGCGGUUGCGAACAAUGCAGUGUUGCUCGACAAUGCUCAGAAUAUCGAGGGCGCCAUUGAGGCAUAUGCUGAAGCAUGCGAUCUGCUGCAACAAGUCCUGAUACGCAGUUCCAUAUUGGACGACCGGAAAAGACUGUCCGAUAUCAGAAAUGCAUACUCGAAGAGGAUUGCUGAUCUUCACGACCUUGACGAUUCUUUCUCGGAGCUAAUGGAGAAAGCUUUACCUGAAGAUCCGCCAUUCGACGAAACCAACCAUUCCUUUUUCGCUUCUCAUGACACGGACCUGAACACCGCCGAGGUGCUGGAAUCCGUCCAAAUACCUCCUCGGCUGGAAUCCAUUCAGAUACCCCCUAGGCUGGAAUCCAUCCAAAUACCUCCUAGGCAGGAAUCCUUGUUGCCAGAAAUAUUCGGCGGAGACUCAUACACCAGUGAUACAGGUCGAAAAAGGCCUCGCAUACCCAGUCUGACUUCUCCCAUGGAUUCACAAUACAUGCCGCCACCUCUUUCACCUCGUAGGCCUGCCUCUCCAGCCUCGGAUCGAGACAGCAACACACCGCUUGGUCCCGUCAGACCCUCUGAACCUGCCAAGACGACAUCUCAUGCCCGAGAAGAUAGUACGGAGUCUAUUUCAUGGCUCGAUACUCUUGAGGACGGCGAAUCAUCCACGUCGCGGUCCUCACGGUUGUCGUCGGUCGAUUACGGCAUCCACGACAAUCAGAAUCUCGACAAGUUCGAAGCAGAGUUCGAUGCCGCUCUCGAUGCUGCUGUCGAUGCUGCCUAUGAUGAUGAUCUGACCGAAGAGCCUACCCCUAGACCUGACAAGAUCGGGCAAGAGUUCCACGAGGACCUCACCAGUCCUAUACUUCCACUGGAAUCUGCCUUCAAGGAUCCUUCCACUCAGUCAUCUGAGUCCGAGUUGACCAGAGAGUAUGACGAGGGAGACUCAUCGGACGAAGAAGAGAGGCUGCUGGAAGAGAUGACGAAGGGUUUUGUCUUCGACGACUUCUCAUUCGACAACAAAUCGAAAUCGGCGCUACCUCGACAGUCGGAUUCAAGCACGUUCUCGGGCAGGACAUGGACAAGCUCGCUCCCAUCAACAGUUGCGACGAAUAACACCGCCCUGAGUACCCUCGCCGAGUCAAAUGAAGCUCCAACAGAAGUCUCUCCUCGCCCGAUUCCUCCAGCGAAAGAUACUCCUCCCUUGUCAUCCCCGUCCAAGGCGGCACUCCCUCCAACCCCUUCCGCGGUGCCACCGACAAAUGAAGGCAGCAGACCGAUCAGUCUGGAAAAGUAUGGGGGGCUAAACAUUCGCGAGCGAAGGUUUUCCGGCCGCAACGGAGAACAGCUUAAGAUCGAGACUUUCGCCCGACGUAACUCUUCCACCUUGCCGAAGCCGGUCGUGGCACCCCCAUCCGUGCCGGAACUGGAGAUUCCUUCUGAGCAGCCCAAAGCUCCUCUCACUGCACCGCUCGAGCCCAUAUUGCCAGCCCUCGCACCGCUCACGCCUAUGGCCUCGAUGCCUUCCAACGACUCCGUUCAGAGUGAGUCGCCCGCCACCCCAGCCUUGACACAGGGCGGUUCUCAAGGCAGUAUCGAUGAUUCUGUGGCCAUGCCACCCUCACCAGCAAAAGUAGGCAAGAUGCUACCUCCCCCCACGGUAGUCAAGAAGAAUCUGUCUUCGUCGAGCUUGAGAGUGAGGAAUCUAUCAGUCGCAACCACCGAAACGAAUGGCGAGUCUCCGAUCACGCCGCUCAGUGCAGGUUUUGGUACAGAGGCCAGAAGGCUCGCCCCUCCAUUGCCGUCAGCUGCCUUACCCACACCUUCCACAGCCGCCUUUGGUCCGCAUCUGUUGCAGACUGGUGGAAUGUACUUGUUCGAUGACCUCGUCGGACUCCCCAGCUCACCCACAACACCUCGAAGUCCGGAUGCGCCAAGAUCAUCCGCUCCACAAUCCCUCGAACCUUGUCCAGAAUCUUUCCUGCUCCGUCCAUUCUGGUUGAUGCGAUGUUUAUACCAGACACUUGCUCACCCUAGUGGUGGCUACGUUACCGCCAAGCUGUUCAUUCCUCGUGAUAUUUGGCGGGUGAGGAAUGUCAAGCUCAAAGCUCUUGAGGAUAAAGUGGCGCAAUGCGACCUGUUGACAGCAGCUCUGCUGAAGCUCGCCAAGGUCGACACUUUUGAUGCGGAUGCGGUACUUGAAGAAUUGCAAUCAUUCGAAUCCGUACUGGAUCAAGUCCGAAGUACACUGCAGAAGAAGAUUAGCAGUGACGUGGGCUUCUCAAGUUCUUCAAGUCUGUUUAAAUCAGCCGGCGAAGACCUUGAAGCUGGUAAAUCCGGCAAUGCUGCGGCCAAAUCUAUUGCGUCUAGCUGGCGCAAACUUCGGUCCAAGUCCAGUGCUCCUGCCAUGGGCAAUCAAAAGGAUGCUUGGGCACAAGGCCCGACGAUGGCUUCCCUGCCAAUGACCUCGUCCUCUUCCGUUCCGUCAUCUCGGUCGCAUCUGAAUCGCAAGAUCGCGCCGCCGCCCACACCCACGGAGUUGACGAAUAUCCCCGCUGUCCAUGCGGCAUAUAUGUCUAGCCUGGCACGUCUCUUUGACGCGGCACAAGUGCUGGAUGGGAUUGCACGUCAAGUGGAAGACCCUGGCUUGAAAUGCAGCAACAAGACUCAGGUUGGUUUGGAGCUGGGUGUCAAGAACGCCGCGGAAUUUUUCGCGUUCUUCGUGAUCCGAUUUGUGAUGGCGGAUCUGAUGCUGUUGGUCGAUAAGUUUCUCAAGAGGGGGAGCGAAUGGGUAUUGACCUGA